AUGGAUAAAGUUCCUUUCAGUAAGAAGACACUGAGAACUGUUUGUUCAAACAUAGCAAAAGAAGCUCUUGUCGAUGAUGUACAGAAAACUUUGCAGUCAUUCAGGGAAAAGAUAUCCAGAGAUCCUAGGUUUGUUUUCACAGCAGAGCUAGAUGAGGACAACAGACUCAAUUCACUUAUGUGGACCAGUGGAAGAAGCAGGUCAUUGUACCAGCAUUUUGGAGAUGUGAUAACUUUUGACACAACUUAUGAGACUAACAUCUAUAAAAUGCCAUUUGGCAUGUUUGUCGGUGUGAACAAUCACUUCCAGAGUGUCAUCUUUGCUGGUGUUCUGUUGACGAACGAGACCGCAGCUAAUUUUAAAUGGGCAUUUCAGGAAUUUGUAGCAAUGAUGGGGGGGAAGCCACCGCAAACAAUGCUUACUGAUCAGAGUUUGGCGAUGACAAUUGCCAUAAAGGAAAAUUUGGUGAGUACUAAGCAUCGGUGGUGCAAGUGGCACAUAUUGAGGAAAGCGCAAGAGGCCUUAGGACAUGUUCACAAGUUACAUAGCACUUUUAGUGAUGAGUUCAACAAGGUAGUUAACCACAUGUUAACUCCUGAAGAAUUUGAAUGUGGGUGGGAUUAUUUGACCAAGAAGUAUGACCUAGGUGGUAACCCUUUCAUGACAAGAGCGUUUGAAGUGCGGCAAAAAUGGGCGAAGCCAUAUUUUAAUGAUAUUUUCUGUGCAAGAAUGUCAAGUACUCAGAGGAGUGAGAGCGCGAACCAUGUGCUUAAAGUAUAUGUUCCAUGCAAGUCUUCAAUAAACAUGUUUGUCAAGCAGUAUACUAAGCUUAUUGAUGACAGAGAAAAGGCUGAUGACGAAGCCGAGAAAAACAGAAGCCAGAAAAUUUCGAAGCCUAUGUUUGGUUACCCAAUUGAGAAGCACGCUUGUAAAUUAUAUACUCCUGCGGUUUUCAAGUUGUUCAAGGCGGAAUUAAAGAAGACAGCUUCAUAUGUUGUUGUUGACAAUUCAGAUGGCUUAUGUUAUGAAGUGCUGCACGUAGAUUCUGAAAAUAGAGAAUCCUGGAGCCGUGUAAAUUUCACAAUAACAAUUGAUCCACAUUUGGGGUUAUACAAGUGUCAAUGCAGGCUGUAUGAGCACUUUGGUAUUAUAUGCUGCCACAUUAUGCUGGUUAUGACCCAGACUGGAGUGAUGAAAAUACCUGAAUGUCACAUUAUGAAAAGGUGGACAGUUGAUGCGAGGAAAGGAUCAAAAGUAAAAAGUGGAAAAUCUGUUGCAGUUCUGGACGAUGAAGCAAACAGAACUUUAAGGCACAAAAAUUUAUACAUGCAUGUUCUGGACCUAGUUAGUGCUGGUGAGUACGAUAAAACAACAUCGGACCUAGCAAUGAAGUAUGUAGAAUUGGCGAAGAAGAAGAUUGAAGAGUACAAGAUGACCAUUAGUAGGACGUGCCAAGUUGGAUAUAACUUACCUACUUCAAUCAAUGGUGACAAAGAAGUGACCAUGGAAGGCAUUGGGGAAACAGGAGAUACUUCCUCAUGUGGGCUACAACUUUAUGAUCGAGCACAGAACUGUGGAAUUGAAGUUAGUUCAAUAAAGGCUCCCAUUGUGAAGAUGAAGAUUGGCAGGCCUACAAAUAGGAGAUUCCUUACCCGCUUUGAUGCAAACAUUACAAGGAAGAAAGGUGUAGUACAUGGGAAUAAGAAGGUUAAUGUUCCUGGCGGAAGAACUGGAGUACAGCAGACGAGGUUUUGCAGCUGCUGCAAGUCUCCUGACCAUGAUAUUAGAACAUGCCCUGUGAAAAAUGACUACAAUGUUCCGCCAAAGAAGAAGUCAAAGCAGAGCAGUACAGCUCACUUUAAAUUCUAG